UCUAUUUAUUUUCUCUUGGCUUCGGGAUGGUUAAAGAGCAACUCGCAGUUUUCCUCCUCGAUCUUUACAACUCAGUUAAAAAUUCCUUCCCCAAACCCUUUGCCUGAAUCCCGGAGUCGCAAAUAACAUAUAUAUACGAUCGCUUAAAGUAUUUCGUCUCUACCAUCUGCUCGGAGUAAUUGGGUAAAUAAUUUCAGUGGAGGUGAAACAACAGUAAGCAGCAAUGGCGACGCCUGCAGCAGCAGGUGGAGGAGGUGGGCAGGCAGUUGCAGCAGCAGGUGGAGGAGGUGGGCAGGCAGUUGCUGCAGCAGCAGCAGGGGGCAGGCAACAACCGCAGCAGCAGCAGCCGCCAGGAGUAGCGCAGAUGCUGAUUGGGGUAUUGAGAAUGGCGGUAUUUGCAUACUUUGCUAUGCAGAUGUUCUCCCCUAAGAAGCCUUCCGAUCCGAGUCUGCAGAUGUCCAAUCUUUUUUCCAAGGGCGAAGAACUAGACAUGUGGCUUUAUCUCAGUGACAAUGAAAGAUUCUAUAAUUUUGGCGAUGAAGCAGCUCUUGUCUGGCAAGAAACCAACGUGCCUUAUGCAGUUUGGGGGCCAAACAGUGUCCGAAAGCAGAAAAUUAUCUAUCAUCCAUCUAAGGCCAUAAUGAAUAAUGGGAGUCUUUAUGCCCAUGUGUUUUUUGCUCGUUCUGGAUAUACUCCAGAUCCCAGUGAUGCUGAUUAUGAUCCAUCUGCUACUUUUGGUGCAACUCAUCCUGUUAUAACAUAUCUUCCAAAACCAAAAGUAGAUAAGCGCAAAAGCUUGUUGGGAAGUGGAGUGGAUGGAGAGCUGGAUACAUCCAAAACUGACGUAAAGGAAGACUCAGCUGGGAUAAAAGAUGAUGGCAUUGUGGAGUGGGUAUCGUUCUGGAAACCGAAUAUAACUAUUAAUUUGGUUGAUGAUUUCACACGUUACUCACAGAAUGCGAUUCCUCCACUUGUAGCUGAAUACUUGCACAUGGAUCCCACAACGGGAAACUAUUUUCCAAUUGUUUCUUUUAAUGAGUUCUGGCUAUUGAGGGAUAAAUUAAUACAGAUUAAUGAGACAGUUGAGGAGCUACCUCUCAACUUGGAGGUGGGGCCAAUUAGCAUGAUGAAGUGGCAGCUCUUUCUACAGAUUGAUCAGUCAUUUCAAAUUCACCGUUCUUAUGGUAGCAUGCUUGAGGGCGAAGCAGAUGAACUUAAGAGGGUGUUUGUGGAGGGGAAUCCAUAUCUUCUUGCAAUCACAAUGGUUGUGUCGAUGCUUCAUUCAAUCUUUGACUUCUUUGCAUUCAAAAACGAUAUUCAAUUUUGGAACAAGAAUAAGUCAAUGGAGGGCUUGUCUUCUAAGUCAGUUGUUGUGAGCUUCAUUUGCCAGCUUAUAAUUUUUCUAUACUUACUUGACAAUGAAACAUCAUGGAUGAUCAUCGCUAGUUCAGGCAUUGGGUGUUGCAUUGAGUUUUGGAAGAUUGGAAAGGCCAUGCAUAUUGAGGUUGAUCGAAGUGGAACCAUUCCACGAUUGAGGUUUAGGGACCAUGAGACAUAUACAAGCAAGACGAAGGAGUAUGAUGACUUAGCCAUGAAAUACCUUUCCUAUGUUCUGUUCUUCCUUGUAGGAUGUUCAGCAAUUUAUUCACUCAAAUAUGAGCGCCACAAAAGUUGGUAUUCAUGGAUUCUUUCUUCGUUGACCAGUUGUGUGUACACAUUUGGUUUUAUCAUGAUGUGCCCUCAGUUGUUUAUAAACUACAAGCUGAAGUCAGUUGCUCAUUUACCAUGGCGACAGAUGACAUACAAAUUUCUCAAUACCAUAAUUGAUGAUUUGUUUGCAUUUGUGAUCAAGAUGCCAGUGCUGCAUCGGCUCUCAGUUUUCCGAGAUGAUGUUAUCUUCCUGAUCUAUAUUUAUCAGCGAUGGAUAUAUCCAGUUGAUAGAAAACGGGUGAAUGAGUUUGGAUUUGGAGGGGAGGAUAAGAAGGAUGAUGGAGACAAUAACAUGAUUAGUGAUGGCAUUACAUCCUCUGGUGAAGGUUCUGUGUCUGAUCAGCUUCAGAGAACUGCAGCAGGACGGGUGGCAGCUGCCAACUCUGGAGCAUCAAGUUCAAAUAAUAACACUGUAGAUGACAAAAAGAGAAAGUGAACUUCUGUCAGUGCGGCAUAAAAUGUUUUAUUUUUCAUCGAGUUGAUUAGUUCCUGAAAUCUCACCUUUAAUCUUCAUUGAAUUGUGACAUUUUUGAGAUCUGUUAAGGAAAAUGUAUAUUAUUUUUUC